CGUCAAGUUCGUCAUUCAUGUCAAGUGAAGUUGUUUUUGGAAGCGUCUCAAGAUCUGGAACGUUAGCGGUGUUAAAACAUUCAUCCCUGUAACGGGAUCUCUAUUUAUGGAUGAUAUACCCCCGUAACAGAAACACCACUCGGAUCGUCACUAUCCUCGAUCAUCUGAGAGCUGCGCCCUCAGGCCGGCGUUUCCAAUGAACAUGUCCCUCGCCCAGAGAGUUCUCCUGACAUGGAUCUUCACGCUGAUCUUCCUCAUUAUGCUGGUCCUCAAGCUGGACGAGAAAAUCCAUUGGAACUGGUUCCUCAUCUUCCUUCCUGUUUGGACCUUUGAUGUCAUUCUCCUCCUCAUGCUCAUUGUCAAAAUGGCAGGCCGAUGCAAACCAGGUUUCGACCCUCGCAACGGUGCGGAGAACUUGAAGAAGCGCUUGUGGUACCUUGUGGCCAUGCUUCUUAAACUGGCGUUCUGUCUGACACUGUGUGCGAAACUAGAGAAAAUGAUGGACGUGUUGGUGAGCUCGGUGUGUGUACCUCUCUGGGCAUUGCUGAUAGGAGCCAUGGUGGAGCUGGGGUUCAAUGUUUUCCACUUCAGAAGAGACUGAGCAUGGUACUAUUUGAAUGCCGCUAGAGAGAUGCAAGCUAUAAUUCUAUAAGUCUUCACUGUAUUCAAAAAGGGUUGAGUAAUAUCAUCUGGAAUAUUCAUGUCGUUCGUACAGAAGGGAAUAUAGAAUGGACAGUAAGAAUGUAUGGCUCUUUUUUUCAGGAAUUGCUUGUUUAUUACAUGUAGAACGACUACUAUGCUGAAUUGCCUGUGGUGUUCAUAUUGAUGCAGGAAGGUUUGUGAAAGUUUCUGCUCAGGUGACAGAAAUGAUUGAUCGUGAAUGUUGAUUAUAAUAUUUAUUUCAUUUCAGUAAAACACUGAGAUCAUUAGAGACAUACCUCUACACAAAAAUGGCUUUUAGUACUGUUUACACACACUGUAUUUGUUUUCUGACUAUUACUGUAACAUAAUAUGGUUUGCUAAAUUAAAAGACAAUGUUAUAUAAUAAUAGUGUAUAUUUAGUUUUGUGUUUUUUUAACAUACACUUAUGUUCUUGCAUUUCAAAACACACUUAUACAUUUUUUUUGUUCAGAGUUUGUAAAUAAUAAAACACCAGUAAUACGUUUCUUGUCAUAAAAAGAUGAAUUUCUGUUCAUUGCAACUAUGUUUUAAUCCAUUUUCAUAAGCUCCCGCCCGGGUAUUAUAUUUACAAGUGUUUGCAGGAACAUGAAUAAAAAGUGUCAAAACUAUUCAGCAGGUAGACAUUUCUCAAAAUAUCUUCUUUUGUAUUUUUAAUGGAUAGUUCACAAAAUAUCAUCAAUUCAGUGGUUCUCAAACCGGGGGCCACAGAUUUUGUGGAUUUUUUUUAAAUUGCAUUUAUUCACCCUCAUGUUGUCACAAAGCUGUAUGAGUUUCUUUAUUGGAACUCUUUAUUUUUUUAUUCUGCUCUUCCCUCUUUAAUUUACAUUCAAUGAAAGUGAAUGGUGACCAAUGCGGUCAGUCACCUACAUUCGACCUGUCAUUUCCUUUAUUUGUUCCACAGAUGGAAGAAGUCAUACAAGUUUGAAACGGCAUAAGGGUGAGUAAAUAAUGAAUCUUUCCUUUUAUAUUUACUGUUCUUUUAAU